AUGGCUAAGCAAUUACUUCUACAAGCCUCGCAGAUGCAAGAUGAUGAUGAAGACAAUGAGUCUCAAUCCUCUUCCAGCUGUCAACCUCGCCAGCAAAGCCCUAGCCCAAGCCCUGAUAGACCCAUGAGAUGGUCUGACUAUCCUCAUGGUCAAGACCCUAAUGAAGCCUACACCUCUUAUGAUUUGAAUUCAGACUAA